GGAACAUUCCAGGCUGUUGGCUCCUUCCAGCUCGGCUGUGAUUGGUCAGUUUGGGAAAGAGGAAAUGAACCUUUGAUGGUUCCUCUUCAUCAUCCCUGUGGAUGCUGUGGCAGCGGUGUGCACAGACAUUUGGCAAUAACGCUUGAAUUCUCAAAGGAGGGGGGGACCUACCAACCGUCAACAUGUCGAGCAAACGGGCCAAGGGAAAGAACACCAAGAAGCGUCCUCAGCGUGCCACCUCCAAUGUGUUUGCUAUGUUUGACCAGUCUCAAAUUCAGGAGUUCAAGGAGGCCUUCAACAUGAUCGACCAAAACAGGGAUGGUUUUAUUGACAAAGAAGACCUUCAUGACAUGCUGGCCUCAUUAGGUAAGAACCCCACAGACGAGUACCUGGAGACAAUGAUGAACGAAGCCCCAGGCCCUAUCAACUUUACCAUGUUUCUGACCAUGUUCGGAGAGAAGCUGAACGGCACAGAUCCUGAGGAUGUGAUCCGUAAUGCUUUUGCCUGCUUUGACGAGGAGGGCACAGGUAUGAUCCAGGAGGAGUACCUGCGGGAGCUGCUCACUACGAUGGGUGACAGGUUUACAGAUGAAGAAGUGGACGAGCUCUUCCGAGAGGCGCCCAUUGACAAGAAAGGCAACUUCAACUAUGUAGCAUUCACACGCAUACUAAAGCACGGUGCAAAGGACAAAGAUGAUUAGUGACAGAAGCUGCCCUGGACAAGGUUUAUUCUGUAAAUCGUGUGCAUCUUUAAUGGGUUUCCACUUAGAACAGCUAUAUACUGUUAUUCGGCUCAUGACAAGCUUCACUGUGGUAUAGCUCACUGAAGGUCAUUUGUUUAAGCUGCUUGUUGGACCAUACCUCUGGACCCCCCUCCAGCUCAACCCUACUCUCAAAGCUCAUUUGCACAUCUGUGAAAACACCACUAAAGGAUCUGUUUAAGUUAGUAAAGAUGUAUGAAAUGACCCUCGUGGAUAAAGCUGGAAAUAAACUAAAACAAGGA